AUGGUUCGAAUGUUAGGUGAUAUUAACAAUUGGUAUACGAUCCAGUGUAUUUUACCGUUUAAUCUAUUUACAAAACGAAUCUUUGUUUUAUUAUUAAUCUGGUUUAGCGUGCUAUUAGUGUUAAACUUAAUUGAUUUUAUAUUUGUUUGGUUAUACCGACGGGUUUACUCGAGUAACUAUCGUUACGAAUAUAUCUUUCGGUUUGUUCAUAUCUAUAAAUCAUGCUUAUAUAAAGACGAUAUGGAUAAAGAAAUCACGUUGGCAAAUGAUUGUGAAAUUCAUCGUCGUGAAUUCGUUCAUGAAUAUUUGAAAUUAGAUGGUUAUUUAUUAUUAAAGUUUCUACAUGGAAUUUCCACCGAUAUGGACAUGAGUUACCUCGUUGCAUAUCUCUACACACAAUUUACAAAGAGUGCAUCUCCAUUUGAGCAGUGCAAUGCGAAAGUGAAUAGAUAUUCAAGCAGUCGAAUGCUAAACGCUAUACCGGACAGACGCAGCAUCAGUGAGAUUGCUGAUGGCCCUGGAUUUCUAACGCCGAAUGAACCAGUCGAUGAAAGUUCAGACAUCGAAUUCAACGGACAGUCAAAAACAUCUCGUCAUGAAUCAAUCAGUCUUGGUGAACGACGUAAAUCAUCUGUAUAUUCAAAUAGAAGUGGAGAAUCCAGUAUUGAACUCCCGCAGCCAAAUUCUACCGUAGAAGCAGUUGAACGACCCAUCUUUGAAGGAAUUCGUUUGGAUGCUGUUCCUUCUCGAAGUCCAUGGGUUCGGUUGUGUGCUGAAUGUAUUGCCGAAUUAUUUGGUACCGCUAUUCUUGUCCUGUUCGGAUGUUCAGGCAUUGCUCAAUACACACUCUCACGUGGUGUUCUCGCAAGUUUUCUAUCAGUCAAUUUUGCCUUCGGUUUCGGAGCUUUGAUCGCUGUGUAUGUUGCUGGUCCCGUAUCAGGUGCUCAUAUCAAUCCAGCUGUAUCUAUUGCCAUGUUAAGUUUACGCUCGAUUACACCGUUACAAUGUUUCACCUAUAUCGUAUCACAAUUCCUUGGUGCAUUUAUUGCGGCAGGAUUAGUAUUCGGAACAUAUUAUGAUGCAAUCAAUCGAUUUGAUGGUGGAGUUAGACAGGUGCAAGGUGAGCAGGCAACUGCGGGCAUAUUUGGCACAUUACCUGCACAGCAUGUUAGUCAAGUAUCGCUUUUCUUUGAUCAAGUUCUAUCAACAGCACUUCUACUCGUCGCUAUUUGUGCACUAUCAAACAAACGAAAUAAACUUGUAGCUAAUGCCCAAAUUCCACUGGCGGUCGGAUUUAUUAUCGUUGCUAUUGGUGUUGCUUUCGGUUACAAUUGCGGUUUUCCAAUCAAUCCAGCACGUGAUCUUGGUCCACGUUUAUUUACAUUGUGCGUGGGCUACGGUCGAGAAGUGUUUUCAGUCGGUAAUUACUAUUUCUGGAUUCCAUGUGUAGGUCCAGUAUUUGGAGCAUUACUUGGGGCGUGGGUGUAUCACGGUUAUAGUAAAUUAAUGAAAGUACAUAUCGGUGAAGAUGACAGAGAAAUAGCUCGUGCUCGAUAUCAAGUUGAUGUGCAAAAUGUUACUCGGAUGUAA